AUUCUGUAUAUACUGGUCAUGCAUGGUUUUCGUAUGAUAUAUGAAAUCCCAAUUCAUUUUUCUAUAUAUCAAACCAAACAGCUACCCCCUCUUUCUCCACUGUGCGAUUUUCUCAACAACCCUCUCCUAAUAUCUUUUUCUUGAUAUUGCUCUCUAUAUAUAACGCAAUUUUCCUCACCAGCUCCAAUCGAUCACUACCAAAACAGCAAAUUUUCUACUUAUUUUUGCUUUUGAUUAUCUUAAUUUGCAUUUACUGCUGCAUGCAUGGAUACACUACUUGUCUUUUUCAGCUUAUUAGCUGCAACUUCUGCUUAUUUGAUAUGGUUUUGUCUUCUUGCACAGAAACUCACUGGUCCAAAGGCCUGGCCAUUGGUGGGUAGUCUCCCAUAUUUGUUCAUGAAUAGGAGGCGAAUCCAUGACUGGAUAGCCGGAAACCUCCGCGCAACUGGUGGUGCAGCCACUUAUCAGACAUGCACCAUUGCUGUACCUUUUUUGGCUAGGAGACAAGGGUUUUAUACUGUCACGUGCCACCCGAAAAAUAUCGAGCAUAUUCUUCGAACCCGGUUCGAGAAUUAUCCGAAAGGACCGGAUUGGCAAACCGCCUUUCAUGAUCUUCUAGGACAAGGCAUAUUCAAUAGUGACGGUGAAACUUGGCUAAUACAGAGAAAGACUGCUGCUCUAGAGUUCACAACUCGGACGCUUCGACAAGCCAUGGCCCGGUGGGUGAACCGAACUAUCCGAACCCGUCUGUGGAUCAUAUUAGACAAGGCUUGCAAAGAUCACACCUCUGUGGAUAUGCAAGAUUUGUUGCUUCGUUUAACCUUCGAUAACAUAUGUGGGCUCACUUUUGGUAAAGAUCCUGAAACUCUUUCGCCUGAAUUACCCGAGAAUCCAUUUGCCAUUGCUUUCGAUUCAGCCACCGAAGCAACUCUUCAAAGAUUACUUUAUCCUGGAUUGUUAUGGAGGUUGAAGAAACUUGUAAGCAUUGGAGCUGAAAAAAGGCUGGAAAAGAGCCUACAAGUUAUCGAAAAUUACAUGUCAGAAGCCCUCGAAGCACGAAAAGAAACUCCAUCUGAUGAUCUCUUAUCCCGAUUCAUCAAGAAGAGAGAUAUCGAUGGAAAUCUGUUUCCAAAUUCAGUCCUCAAGCGCAUUGCUCUCAACUUUGUUCUCGCUGGCCGUGACACAUCGUCUGUGGCAUUAAGCUGGUUCUUCUGGCUCGUCAUGAACAACAAGCGCAUUGAGAACAAGAUCGUCAAUGAAUUAUCAACAGUUUUACUAGAAACCCGUGGGGAAGACACACAAAAAUGGAUUGAAGAACCAUUGACAUUCGAUGAAGCUGACAGACUGGUUUAUCUAAAGGCAGCAUUGACUGAAACCCUACGUCUGUACCCCUCAGUCCCAGAAGAUUUCAAAUAUGUCGUCUCCGACGAUGUUUUGCCGGACGGAUCAUUCUUGCCGGCCGGUUCAACAGUCACAUAUUCUAUUUAUUCAGUUGGAAGGAUGAAGAGUGUAUGGGGUGAGGAUUGCAUGGAAUUCAAACCGGAGAGAUGGCUUUCGGUCAAUGGUGACCGGUUCGAACCACCCAAGGAUGGUUACAAGUUUGUGGCAUUCAACGCUGGACCGAGAACUUGUUUAGGCAAGGACUUGGCUUACCUCCAGAUGAAGUCUGUGGUUUCGGCCGUACUUCUUCCUUACCGGCUAUCACUGGUUCCCGGUCACCUUGUUGAACAGAAGAUGUCUUUGACUCUUUUCAUGAAAAAUGGGCUUAAAGUUUACUUGGAGCCACGUCAGCUUACUGCACCACCAAGAAUUGCCAUGUCAGCAUAGAAAGGGUAUUUCUGUCUUAUACUAAAAUGGUAUAAGUGCAAUAUGGGAAUACAGCAUGUCUUGAAGAAUGGAAGUGUUCAUGUGUUUUUUCAGUGGGUAAUAUUUGGAGAUUUCAUUUGUAUUCACUUUUGUCAUACUUUUCACAAAUUGUAUGUUUUCUUUGGUUGUUUAUCUAUACAUAUAAACAUUUGAUUACUUUCAUGAAGUGUA